AACAAAAUGGCAACUUCCUCACCGGCGGGAGCAGUUGGAGUCUUGACCCCUGUUUCAGUAAGGGUGCAGCAAGCCCUUUUGAAGCCUGUCCAUCAAAGAUGUCAGGAAAUACAACAUAUUCUAGAGGAGACAAGCACCAAGGACCUUCACCAAAUAUUCCCUUAUCUUGUGGAGAACAUCUUUGGGUUCAACAACCAGCCUGGAUGGGGUGUGGGAACCAUUGCCAAGAGCACACAGCAGCUGGAUUAUGACAUGAUGCGUCAGUUCUUGUCCCCAGGUGGUCCACUGAUACGCGUUGUAUACAGACUACAGGCUGACCCCAUGUGUAGAUAUGAUUUUCCUCUGUCCUGUCUGCCAUUCCCCACAAGGCAAAUGUUUGAGGACAACAGCUACCAUGGUGCAAGUCACAUUCCAAGACAGCCUUCAGCAAGAUCCCUAUCUGCAUUUGAAUUUUAUUUCUUCCAUUAUUUCUACCUGUGUGUUAAUCCACAACAAAGGAGUUUCUUUAACUGGAGUAAUGCCUCGGAAGCAUUGUUCACAAGUCUGCUGGAAGAUUAUCUGAAUUGUUUUUUGCCCCUGAAGGGUAAAGUUGUUAACCCCAUGCCAACAGCUGCUUCACCAAUAAGAAGUCCUGUUGCACACAAGACACACCUCCACAGACAAGGCUCUACGUCUGGAUAUCACAGCAGUGGCAGCCCUGGGCUGAAACCACUAGUCAGCCUGCUGAAGUCUCCACACAGCCCCCACCAUCAGGUGCAGCAGAGGAGCAUCCCCUACCAGGUGUCCACCACAGAUCCACUGGACCAGGAAAUGUGGCGAUCAGAAACUUUUGUGGAGAUUCUUGUGGAGUUCUGGUUAAAUCAAAACAGUCUGGACUCUCCAGAACACCAUGGUGGGAUCAGGCAGGCCAUGAUUGAUGGCUAUCAGAGAGUUCUGUCAUACUCAGAUCCUUAUUAUAAUCAUUUUUAUCGAGAGGUUUUUCUUCCCAAUAGUGACCAGGUCCGGGUUGUGCGUAUGUUCAUCAAGCACCUCCAUUUCUUUGCUAACAGUGCCUCUCCAGACCUGGUACUGGCUUCAUACCAGGCACAGAACCUGUCACCUCUGGAUGAAUUCAAGAGGAAUGUUAUUCCACAGAUGGUACAGAAAAAGUUGUAUGUUUUCCUAAGGCAUGGCUUUAACCACUGGCCUCUUGACUCUUCUUUUAGAUUGUUGUUGGAGACUUGGCUAAGUUAUGUCCAGCCUUGGCGCUAUGUUGACCCCAAUGCCAUCAUGAAAGAGAAGGAGUCAAAAGUGGACAACAAAUGGUUCCAGUUUAUUGUGGAUAAUCUGCUUUUUUACACACACCUGUUUCAAGAAUUUCUUCACCGAAGUCAGCGCAUGGAUCUCUCCUCUGCCAAAAAUGCCUACAUGCUGUUCAGGGUCACCAAGGUGUUUGGACUCCCUAAUCUUCGAAAUAUGUUGGAAGAAGCCGAGCAUCAGAUGUACGAGUCUCACCACAGGCUGUCCAGGCGUGGUCCCCAGAUGGACAUGGGCUCCAGCUACCUGUCCCAUAGCAACUCAGUGAACACAGCAGCCAUCCUUAGUCUACAGUUUGCAGAACUAGAGGGCCCAGCCUUUCUUUAUAAACCACUAUUUGAAGAGGGGACCAAAAAACAAAUAGAGUAUCUACUACAGCAGAUCCUCCACGCUAAGUCGACCUCAUCCUCAACACACAAGUCCAGUGACGGGGGAGGAUCUGGUGGGCUGUUGUCAUGGUUGGGAUAUGGCGCUUUGGUGGACUAUAAUGCUACCAAAUUUACACAGACAGGGUUUCCCGAGGAAGACCAGAGCAAGUUAGUUUUCCACCUAGAGCAAGCUGCAAGGAAUCUCUGUAACUUAUUUCAACUGUCGAUGGAAUCGGUGGAAACCAUGGCAACGUCUGUCACACCUCCCAAUGCAAACAGCAGUGCCAACAAAUUUUCCACUCAGUCCCUGCCCCCAGACUUCAUAGAGUCACCCACAGGACCUGUGCUAACACAGCUGGGGAAAUAUCAGCUAAUGAAUGGUCUCCGCAAGUUUGAAAUUAGUUACCAGGGCAACCCCGACCUUCAGCCCAUUAGAAGCUAUGAAUGCGCCCCGUUGGUGAGAAUACUCCAUCAAGUCUCUUCAUUCCUGAAUAACAAGUUUUCAGACAAAAUUCAAAAUUACUACACAAGGGAUGACAUGGUGGGAAAAAUGACUUUCAUAUUAUUUUCACCGCCCUCGGAACAGAAAGGUAAAAAAUCAAGUUUUGUGGCAUCACCAACAAGAACAAAAGACUGGACCACACCGAGAAUAAGUUUGAGAUUUUUGGCAAAUUACCAGACUCUGGGCUACCUGAUGGGAGGAUAUUUGUUUUUUUACAUGUUUUUUGGAAUGGGACCUGUAGGAUUCAGCUUCAUACUGAUGCUUGGACUGCUGUUGUCAGUUUUCUUCAGAGCACUGGUGUUACCAGCUUCAAAAUUUAAGCAAAGUUAAUAUUAAUGUUG